CGCGAGAAAAUGAAGCGACGAGGGGGCUAGAGAGACGUAGAGGAGGAGGGAGGUAGAGAGGCGCUGCCGGUCGGACCGUCCUACCGGAGGAGGAGGAGGUGGAGGAGGAGGCUGGAGCAUGCACCGCCGGGCUCUGCGCUCUUUGUCGCCGCGAAGACAGACUGAAAACCCGGCGUCCAUGACGGGAGCGCGCCUUGCUGUAAAAUACACAUUGAUAAGACUGAUGAUGAAUGAGGCUGCAGCGUAGCAGCUCCAACCUGUCGCACUUUGACCAUCAGCUCUGCGUCACCGCCCGCAUCACCACUGACGCUCAUGUCCCUUCUCACGUCUCAUCGUGGACUUCGGCGUAGACCGUGAUCUUGAGUGCGGCGGGAUGCACGCAGUUUGCGGGUGAUGGUGGUGGAGCCUGUGCGGUUCAGGCCCGGCUGAGUGUUUGAAUGAAAGGCUGCAGACUGAGGGGGGACCGACUGUGGCUCUGAUCGCUCCUUGCUGUGGUCCACACCGCAGCUGUGUGUGUGUGUGGAGGGCAAAUCCAGAUUUAUAGGUGUGUGUGUGUGUGUGUGGACUCCAUCACUUCUGUGUGGGUCCAGUCAGUCCCCAGCACCGCCCCUGUCUGCCCCGCGCACAGUGUUCCAACAUGACAGGGCUGCGGCAGCGGAAGGGCAGCAGGGGGAAGGAGCAGCCCCCCGGUGCAGAGUGUCAGCCCCAGCAGUCCAACUGUUGCACCGACCACCACCCAGAGAAGGUGCUGCACGGUGAUUGGUCGUGGGGGUCAAUAGUAUGGACAUCUGUUGGCUGGUCUGUGUCCGUUGGUCUUGGCCUGCUAUGCUGUAUCUACGUGGCCACACUACAUGAGAACGACCUUUGGUUCUCCAACAUUAAGGAAGUGGAGCGGGAGAUUUCCUUUCGGACAGAGUGCGGACUGUACUACUCAUACUACAAGCAAAUGUUGCAGGCCCCGUCCAUACAGGAAGGGCUUUCUGAUUUGAUCCAUGACAACCUGACAGAAUCUAAGAGGACCAUUAAUCUCCUACAGCGAAUGAACAUCUACCAAGAGGUCUUUCUCAGUGUUCUCUACAGAUUGCUGCCCAUUCAGUCGUAUCUGGAGCCAGUGUAUUUCUACAUUUACACUGUGUUCUCACUCCAAGCGGUGUAUGUGAUCGCUCUGUACCUCACAGCAUGGCUCCUCUCUGGUUCCUGGCUGGCUGGUACGCUCACUGGGGUCUGGUACAUCCUCAACAGGGUAGAUACCACUCGUGUAGAGUUCACCAUCUCCCUCAGAGAGAACUGGUCUUUGCCCUUCCUAGCGCUGCAGGUCACUGCUAUCACAUGUUACCUUCGGCCUCAGCUCACUGCCUUACAGCAGAAGAUCAUGGUGUGGUUGAUGUAUGUGACAACAUUCUGCUUCUGUCUGACGUGGCAGUUCAACCAGUUCAUCCUACUGGUUCAGGCUCUCAUCAUAUACACCCUGGACUGUAUCGACUUUUUAACAACCACACAGGUGACCACUCUGUACCUUGUUCAAGUGUGCGGUCUGCUGAGUGUGUGGCUUCUUCAGUUCUGUAACUCCAUGAUACUGGGAUCACUGGUCCUGAGCUUCAUCGUAGCUGCACUCUUCAUCAGACACUGCCAGUCUGGACUGAAGACAGGAAGCCUGCUGGCUCGUCUGGGCAAACUGCUUCUCCACACUGCCAUGGUUCUUCUCCUCACCUUCACCAUCAACUACCUAGCCAAGAAAGCACUUCAGCUCAGAUCAGACGAGCACAUCUUUAAAUUCAUCAAGUCAAAGUUUGCCUUGGGGCCAACAAGGGACUUUGAUGCCAGUCUGUAUCUGUGUGAGGAAGCCUUCGGCUUGCUGCCCCUCGACACACUGGAGCGGCUGGCUGGUACCCUCCUGCUGUAUCCCUACAUCCUCACCCUGCUGCUGCUCAGUGGCAUGCUGGUGGUGAGCGCACUGCAGAACCUGAGCAGGGCUAAAGGAGGUUCAGCUGAGGAGAGGAAAGGAGCAGAAAGACGCCUGGUUGCUCUCCGUCCUGAUGUGGCCUAUAAUGUGUUGCAUACGCUCUUCUAUGGUCUCCUGGCUUUCAGCACUAUGAGGAUGAAGUAUAUAUGGACUGGCCAUAUGUGUGCGGUCGCAGCAUACGGUGUGUGUGGGACAGAGUUGUGGACUCCUCUUCUCAGCACUGUCCGCUGCAACAGUAAAGUUCUGUUACGCCUCGUCAGAUAUGCAGUUCCACUGGCGAUGAUGGCUUGCCUGUAUUACAAGUUCUGGCCUAAGCUGAUGGAGGAGGUAUCAGAACUGAGGGAGUUUUAUGAUCCAGACACUGUGGAGCUCAUGACCUGGAUUAGCACAAAGACCCCUAAGCGGGCUGUAUUUGCAGGGAGCAUGCAGCUGCUGGCUGGCAUCAAGCUGUGCACAGGCAGAGUUCUCACCAACCACCCCCAUUAUGAAGAUAAAGACCUGCGGGAGAGGACCAGACAGGUCUAUCAGGUGUACGCUCGUCAGUCCCCGGAGGACGUCCACGAGAUCCUGAGAGCUGUGGGAGCCGACUACGUGGUGCUGGAGAACAGCAUCUGUUACGAGCGGAGGCACAGGCGAGGCUGCAGACUGCGGGACCUGCUCGACCUGGCCAACGGACAUAUCAUGGAUGGACCCGGAGAGAACGACCCGGACCUUGUCCCUGCCUCCCACCCUCGAUUUUGCGAGGCUGUCAAGACGGACCCACCAGAUUACACGGCUCUGUUCACCAGAACAUUCCAGAACAAAACCUUCCACGUGUACAGGGUCAAGAAGAAACGCAAGAAAAAUGCCAAGACUUUAUCAGAGCCCAGUGCGACUCAAUAGAAGGAGCAGGGCUGUAAGAAAAACCCCGUCAGAGGUCAGAGAGGAGAGAGACGGAGGAGAAGAAGAGAUAAAAGCACUGAAUCCUCGCUGUUCUUCUGUCUCCUCUCUGCACAGUGCCCAGCUGUGAUCAUGCCCAUUAUUUUUUAACACACGGCUCUGUGAACUGUGGUGAUGGAGCGGUGAGCAGGUUCAAGCUCGGCGCUGCAUUGUUUUAGUUAGAGGAGUGUGGGAGCAUCUGUAGAGAGUCCUGCUUUGGGUUGUUUCUGCCUCCACCCGUCCACCUGCUCUUCUCCCAGCUCUCACCGGUACAGAUGAAAAGAGACAGAAAGAAAUGGCAGAGUCUGGAACAACUAACCACUAAGGAUUUAGUGUCAUAUGAAGUCAUCAUUGUCAUUUCCACACAGGGCAUCAUGAAAAGAGGAUCAAAGUCAUUGCUACUGUUCUUAUGAAUUAUUAGAAUAAUUGGUUUCUCUUUCAUGCAGAAUAGGUUUGGGGUUCAACCACAGUCAUCCACGGCCAACAUCAGAUCAGAACCUUUUAAAAUCCUUGAUCACGUUUAGUAUUUUAGGUCCACUUUUAAGAUUUGACAAUGUAAUACUCCGAUGGACAGAGCAUUUUUCUGGAUACGCAGUAUAUUACAUACGGUGUUUUCUGUUGAGAUCUUCUUUACCAGUUGAAAUAUAUGAAAUAAAUCAAAGAAUUGCCAAAAGAUUUUGUUGAUCUCAACAAAUAUUUAAUACGAGUUUGAGCUAGAUCCACAAUGGAGGCUGGCUAUGGGAACCCAACAAGUGUUUCGACAAGUUAGAGCUACUGCAGUGGUGGAAAUUCACAUUGCCAGUUAGUAAAUUAGCUGUAUUUGCAAAAUGUGGAUCAAAACUCGAACAAUAGGUUCUCUCUAAAUAUCCCAACAUUAGCCAAUAAAACUAAGGAAGCACUGUAGUGAUCUGAGAAAUAAUAUGAUUGUCAAGGCCACACCAGAAAGAGUUUUAGUUGACGGAGGAGAAGAAACAAAAGUCUACUGGACCGCCCGCGCAUGUAAAUGAGCUAAUUUAGCCUCAACCGUUUUGGACCCUGUGGCUCUGCCAUCCCACAAAAGUCAGCAGAGAUGGUGAAAGAGCCACUGUGAUGAAUUAAUUAUAUUCUAAAGUUUCUGGUUUGUCUUUAUGAUUUCACCCACAGCAUGUUUAGGACUGAACUUUUGUGUUCAUUUAAAAGUGAAGUGCAAAUUCUACUCUUGACAGUGGAUGUAACAAUAUCAUCCCAACUCAAAGUCCACCGCUUUCAGACUGAACUCCAGAUAAUCUCCUGAAGUUCUUCGGAGGGGCAACACAAAUGUCCGAGUCAGUUCCCCAGAGUAAACACUCUGGGGAAUGUCUGAAUGAGCCCGUGUGAGAACACAGCAGGAGAUUAUCUAGAGGACUCACAGCGAGUGAGUGGGCAUGUUGAAGUUUCUAACACGCAACAUGAUGUGACACUAAAAAAAACCUAAAAUCUCAGUGUGAAAAAGUGGAGCCAUACAGGUUGUCACCUUGAAAAGACUUUAAGAGUCGAUGUGCCGCAAACAAAAACCUGUGAUCUCCACAGCUGAAUUGCGAUGCAUUCUAUGUCACCCCCACCUAAACACUCCAGAGAAUCCUGUGUUGCUGUGAACGUGUCUGAGCGGAGAAUGUCCUGCUGUGCUGUUCAUUCAACAUUUCCUGGAGUGGAACCUGACUUUGUCACAGAUCAGAUACACGUACAUGCUUAUAGUUGCAUUUUCAGAUUUUAGGUCCCUUUCUAAAAGGAAGAGCGCAUUGCUCGAGCACAUUUGACUCCGCAGCGAUAGAUGUUCUCAAUUACCCCGAGAAACCAGACAGAAAUAAUUUAGUUGGUUUCGACUCUGGCCUUCGUGGAAGCAGGUUCCCUCGCUGCCUGAAUGUGUUUCUGCUGUAAAAACCGAGGUGAAAGCUGGUACCAAGUGAUAUUUGUGACAGUGUUGUUGUUGUUGUGAUUGCUGUCAUGUGUGUUUUUUUUUUCUUUUUGUAAGCUCUGUGAUUCUCAUCAGCAGCAGCCACAACCUUUUCCCUCUCUGUUCUCUCUCUGUCUCACACACACACAGUCACAAACACACAUGAAUAAUGUAAGUGGUGAGGAAAUUGCAGCAGGCUAACAACGCCGCUGAUUCCCCGCCGCAAUCCAAAAUAGUUUGUGACGGGGGGGGGGAGAGGGAGAGGGCCCACACUUGCAUAUCAAACUGAGGCUUUGUGGUUAGAGAGGAAAUGGCGGGUGGGGUGGAGAGGGGAGGACAGAAAAGGCUCAUAUUUAAACAGCAGCAGACGAGGGAUGAGAAGUGCAUCAGAACAUCGCAAUGAUCUGAACCUCUCCCUCGUUUUUUCUUUUAUCUCCUCUCAAAGGGGUGGGGGGGUUGAAAGGCUGGUACUAUGUCGAUAAUAAUUGAUCGGCCACACAUGGUGUCGCCUGCUACAAUGAGCCAUUAUGUGGGUAUUACACACUUCUCCCUCGUUCACAUCUCAGUCAGCCUGUAUUUGUACACUUGUUAAUAAGGACCUCCGUCUUUGAAAAUCCACACCCUCGCAGACGCACGAACACUCUUGCCAGGUUGUUAUGGCGCAUUCCAUAACGUGUUGUUAGUUAACCGCACAGCUACAUUGUAAUGCAUACCAAUUAGAUCAGUGCGAAACAGUGGCGCACUGACCCCCCCCCCCCCUGCACGCCUUCAUAUUGGAUGUUAAAUUUAGAAGGUCUGAUUGCUUUAUUUGAACAAAGUGAUUCCAUUAUGUUUGCCUAAUAAGAGCGUACUAAUGUAAUUUUUUUUCAGCAUUGUUAAUUUCCAUACAUAUUGGGAUUAGUAGUUCACUCGGAGACGUGAUGUCUGCCUAUGGUUCCCGUAAUGAAAAGGAGAUGAAGAGAUCCAUUAAGUUGUGUGCACAUAGAAUGCAGCUCAACACUUCAUUUAGCCUUGUUUUAAAGAACUAGUAGAUGUUGCUGAAACAAAUGCAGCCACUUGAAUUCUGGCCUUUUGUUUCAGAAAUGAAUCAUUUAAAGGUUCAGUGUGUAAGAUUUAGGUGAAAGGGAUUGUUGGCAGAUAUUGAAUAUAAAUUAAUCCUAGUGAUGUUUUCACUGGUGUGUUUCAUAUAAAUUGUAUGAAUUGUUGUUUUCUUUACCUUAGAAUGAACCCUUUAUAUUUAAAUACUUUAUAUUAA